AUGGCGUGUGGCAGUGGGAAGGUCACCAUCCAGCUGGUGGACGAGGAGGCAGGACCUGGAGCCCAGGGCCCGAAGCUUUUUAGAGGCCAGAGCUAUGCGGCAAUCCAAGCAGCCUGCCUGGAGGAGGGGAUCCUGUUCCGCGAUCCCUACUUCCCUGCUGGCCCUGAUGCCCUUGGCUAUGACCAGCUGGGGCCGGACUCAGAGAAGGCCAAAGGAGUGAAAUGGAUGAGGCCCCAUGAGUUUUGUGCUGAGCCCCAGUUCAUCUGUGAGGACAUGAGCCGGACAGACGUUUGUCAGGGGAGACUGGGUAACUGCUGGUUUCUUGCGGCCGCCGCUUCCCUCACUCUGCACCCCCGACUCUUGUGCCGAGUGGUGCCCCCUGGACAGGGUUUCCGGGAGAACUAUGCCGGCGUCUUCCACUUCCAGCUCUGGCAGUUCGGCUGCUGGGUGGACGUGGUGGUGGACGACAGACUGCCGGUGCGUGAGGGGAAGCUGAUGUUUGUGCGCUCGGAGCAGCGGAAUGAGUUCUGGGCCCCCCUCCUGGAAAAGGCCUACGCUAAGCUCCACGGCUCCUACGAGGUGAUGCGAGGCGGCCACAUGAACGAGGCUUUCGUGGACUUCACAGGUGGCGUGGGCGAGGUGCUCUACCUGAGACAAGACACCACCCCAGGCCUCUUCUCGGUCCUGCGCCACGCCCUGGCCAAGGAGUCCCUCGUGGGGGCCACUGCCCUGAGUCAUCAGGGCGAGUACCGUACAGAAGACGGGCUGGUGAAGGGACACGCAUACUCCGUCACGGGCACGCACAAGAUGUCACUGGGCUUCACCAAGGUGCGGCUGCUGCGGCUACGGAACCCGUGGGGCCGUGUGGAGUGGACCGGGCCCUGGAGCGACAGCUGCCCACGCUGGGACGUGCUCCCCGCUGAGUGGCGAGAUGCCCUGCUGGUGAAGAAGGAGGACGGUGAGUUUUGGAUGGAGCUGCAGGACUUCCUCCUCCACUUCAACACCGUCCAGAUCUGCUCGCUGAGCCCCGAGGUGCUGGGCCCCCGCCCGGCGGGAGGCGGCUGGCACACCCACAUCUUCCAAGGCCGCUGGGUGCGCGGCUUCAACUCUGGCGGGAGCCAGCCUGCUGCCGAAACCUUCUGGACCAACCCCCAGUUCCGGCUGACGCUGCUGGAGCCCGAUGAGGAAGAUGAGGACGAGGACGGGCCCUGGGGGGGCUGGGGAGCCGCAGGGGCUCGGGGCCCCGCUCGCGGCGGCCGCGUCCCCAAGUGCACGGUCCUCCUGUCACUCAUCCAGCGCAACCGGCGGUGCCUGCGGGCCCAGGGUCUCACUUACCUCACCGUGGGCUUCCACGUGUUCCAGAUCCCAGAGGAGCUGCUGGGCCUCUGGGACUCCCCGCACAGCCGCACGCUCCUGCGGGGCCUGCUGUGCGCCGACCGCUCGCCCUUGUGCGCCCGCCGCGACGUGAGCCGCCGCUGCCGCCUGUUCCCCGGCCACUACCUGGUGGUGCCCAGCGCCGCCCGCGCGGGCGACGAGGCCGACUUCACGCUGCGGGUCUUCUCGGAGCGCCGCCACACCGCCGUGGAGAUAGACGACGUGAUCAGCGCUGAUCUGCACGCUCUCAUGGCCCCCGACAUUCCCCUGGACCUGGGGUUGAAGCAGCUGUUUCAGGAGCUGGCAGGAGAGGAGGAAGAGCUCGGUGCCUCUCAGCUCCAGACCUUGUUAAGCAUUGCCCUGGAGCCUGCCAGGGCCCACAGCUGGACCCCCAGGGAGAUCGGCCUCAGGACCUGUGAGCAGCUGCUGCAGUGCUUCGGGCACGGCAGAAGCCUGGCCCUGCACCACUUCCAGCAGCUCUGGGGCCACCUCCGGGACUGGCAGGCCAUAUUCGACAAGUUCGACCAGGACGCCUCUGGCACCAUGAACUCCCAUGAGCUGAGGCUGGCGCUGAAUGCUGCAGGCUUCCACCUCAACAACCAGCUGACCCAGGCCCUUACCAGCCGCUACCGGGACAGCCGACUGCGUGUGGACUUCGAGCGCUUUGUGUCCUGUGUGGCCCAGCUCACCCGCAUCUUCCGCCACUGUAGACAGCACCUGGAUGGGGGCGAGGGAGUCAUCUGCCUGAGCCGUCAACAGUGGAUGGAGGUGGCCAACUUCUCCUAGGAUCUUGGCAGGGGAGCGCCUGCGGCUGGAGGCGGGCGAGCUGCAGGAGCCCUGCCUUUCCCGUCAGCGUGGACCAGGGUUUAUUCCACAGCAAGGGGUUCUGAGCCAAACCAGCCUCCCAGGCCCUCCACCUCCCUGCCUGGCAUGGGGGCGGAUGCGCUGACAGCAGGCAGUACUUCUGAGCACGGCCUUGGGAGCCGGUCUGCCCCACGCUCACCACUGGUGACGCUGGGCAAGUCACUGCCCUCUGUGCUCUGCUCUCCUCUGAACGGGGAUGACGCGACCCCUUGGGCAGGCUACACUGUGUGCUGAGAACAGUGCCUGGCCCCGACUGGGUCCCC